UCGCACUUCCAGGCGCUUGAGCGCGCCUGUGGGCGCGAGCAGCCCGCUGCGCGAUCACGGGCGGCCCCUAACACGCCGGGUGCAAAUAUCAACAGCCCGCGCGAGACACGCUCGAGCGCACGGCAGGCCGUCAGCAGCCCAACGCCUGCCGGAGCGUCGCAAUGACAUGGCAUCCCGCUACUCUUGUGCUCCGCAAGUGUGAGGUCCGGGUCUGAGACGCACCUGCGGGUGCGCAGACAUGUCGCUGCUGGAGGUCUUUCACCGUGGCGCCCUAAGUAUCUGGGCGUCUCGAGAUCCUUCGUCACCUUCAGCCCUCAUCAUCAGCAUGUCCGGCCAACCAGUCUCUCUCAAGAAGUGGCUCGAGGCGUUCGGUGUCACCUUCGUACCCGCCGGUGCGAACAGCGCUUUCAGAAUGGCGGUGCUAGAGGCAGCCAAGUGCGAAGCCGCCUACGAUCUUGUUCUCAAGCCGACUGCAUCCGUUGUGGGGCCGUGCGAGACGGAUCCCGAUGCGUUGGGCCUCCUUCCCGCGCAGCUGUUGCAAAGCGAUGUGCGCCAACACGGCGUGGCGUGCAGCAGCACGCUUCUGGCCCACUGGUCGCCCUACUUUUCUGCAAUGUUUCGCGGAGGGUUCGCCGAAGCGGCCCAGCUUCAAAGAAGCACCAAGCAGCUCGCCAUCUCGGCGAGCGAAGGCGCUGUCGGUGAAGUUAAGAUGCCAGCAUCCGCUCCGGUCGAGCUGCCAGUUUUUGACUUCGAUGGCAACGACGUAGUCCUGCGUUUCGCUCUUGCACACUUGUGUGGCCGAGACGUCUCGGAGAAGGAUUUCACCGCGGUGUGCGCCUCUAAGCACGUUGAAGAAUCCGCGCAUCGGUCGUUAGCAUCAGAGCUGCUCCGUGUCUGCGACAUUUACGUUCUCUUCAACCUCAAGAGACAGAUCGUUCCUCUGAUUGCCAGCCGGCUUACGAAGGGCAACAAUUGCUCGGAGCCGUGCUGGAUCCGUCCCUCGGAGUGCUUCCAGCCGUUCUUCUGCGCCGAGCCGGCGUUGCUUCAGGCCUUCAACUCAGGGCUAUUUACAGAGCGUCAUGGCCAACUUGAACGGGAUGAGCGCGAGCUGCACGAAAUCCUCGCAGCCUGGCCCGAAGCGCCGGAGGCUCACCAUCGUGCCAUCCGGAUCUGCCUUGCAACACCCAUCCUUACAGCUGCAGGAAGGCCGCACGCCCUCCAGCAGAUCGUUGACGGCGUUCUGCCAGACGAGGACCACGUCUUACAGGCGGAAGUGAAGCUGCUUAUGGCUUCACUCCCAUUCUUUUGGAAGAGCACCAACGGCUGGGACAAGAAUAGAAACGCGACGACUUGGCACUCGAAGCUACGAGAAAGCAAGUGCAGAAUGACUCCGGCGCCUUCGACACAUGCUUGAUCGGUGCAACAGCGACCACAACUUGAACGUCCAAAGCUCGAAGAUGCGCCCCCCCCCCCUGCUCUUUAGCUAGCUACCAGUGCCAUGAUAUUGCUGUCUCUCUCGAUAUGUGUCAGGGCGACGUGCCAUGACAGGAGCAUGCGUCUUGCGUACUCGGCUGCCACUGUGAGAGAAGAGUGGCCGCCUGACCGGCAGACGAUGAUCGAGCUGCGCAGCUUCCAUGUCGUUCGAUUGCGCUAGAAGCUUCAACGACUCGCAGAGCCCGAGCUAGUACUUGCUUCCGUGUGGCAUCGCCCCUGGUAGAGCUAGCAAGAGAUGCUGGAGCCGAGAGAAGCUGUCUGCGCAACCGGCCGAGCGCUCGUGGUGAGCUCGGCUUCUGGCUCAGCUCUUGAUAAGGCGGGCGCGCUGCU